GUGCUUUUAUUUUUUGAAGUACAAGCUGCUUACCCGGAAGUUAUUAGUCUUCUGACAGCUCUUUGAGUACCCGGAUGUAUUCGUCGGUUUUGGUGACGCUGCAUUAGACUUCCAGAAAUGAACUGGUCUCAGCUGCUCGGGUUGCUCGUCCUCAGCCUGGCUCCUGCUGGAGCUCAGGCGCUCACACCGUCCCAUUACCUGUCUCUCUCCGAUGUGAGCCGACUCCAGAACCUCCUGAGCCAGCCCUUCACCGACCUGCAGUCCGCUUAUUACUCUGUGGUUGGUCUCUCAAAACUUGGAGGCAUCGUUCCCGAUCACCAAGAAGUGUGCCAGUUCCUGAAGUCUCAGCUGGACCCCAGCAGUGUGGACUCGCUCUUCUUUGCUGCUGAGACCAGUCAGGCCAUCUCAGGAUGCGAGAUCCCAGUGUCCAACGAAACCCGGGACAUCCUCCUGGCAGCAGUCAGCGAGGACUUGUCCAUGACCCAGAUCCAUCGGGCCGUGGGUGCCCUCAGCUCUCUGGGGCUCCCGCUUGCUUCCCAGGAAGUCGUGGGCGCUCUCGCAGCUCGCAUCAACAAGGAGGAUAAUGUUAUGGCGAUCAUCUUGGCUCUGCAGACGGCAUCCCGCCUAUCCCAGCAGGCGGAACUGGGAAGAAUCCUGGAGGAAAUUGAGGAUCUGACGGCCCGCCUGGACGACCUGGGUGGAAUCUACCUGCAGUUUGAAGAGGGACUGGAGGCAACCGCUCUGUUUGUGGCUGCUGCGUACGCUCUGUCGGAUCAUGUGGACGUGGAGCCCCCGCUCAAGGAGGAACAGGUCAUCCAGCUGGUGAACUCCAUCUUCAGUAAGAAGUCCUGGGACUCUCUGGCUGAGGCCUUCAGCGUGGCGAGCGCCGCUGCUGCCCUGUCCAACAACCGCUUCCACGUGCCGGUCAUCGUCAGCGCUCAGGGCCCGGCCACAGUGUCCCACAACCAGCCUACCCUGCAGCUGCUGGUUACUGACGUCAUGUCUCAGCCUCUGACCUCAGCCAGCGUGCUGGUGGAGUCUGCGUUUGCUGCGGCCACAAAGAGCGCCAUCCUCAGCCAGACACCUUUCACUCUGAAUGAUGGCGUCUUCGAGCUGAACUUCAUGUCCAGCCAACCAGCCAGUGGAUACUACCAGUUCACCGUGGCUGUGACUGGAGACAGCCGGCUGGUGGCCAGUCACGUUGAGCUCAAAGUAAAGGUGUCCACAGAGGUGUCAGUCUCCAACAUGGACCUGUCUGUGGUGGACAAGGACCAGAGCAUUGGGACCAAGACCACCAGGGUGGAUUAUCCGUCCAAGGCCAAGAGCCCGUUCACAGCAGACAGCCACCAGAACUUCGCCAUGUCCUUCCAGCUGGUUGACGUCAACACGGGUCAGGAGCUCACGCCUCACCAGACCUUCGUCCGGCUGCACAAUCAGAAAACCGGACAGGAAGUCGUGUUUGUGGCCGAACCCGACAGCAAGAAUCUCUACAAGUUUGAGUUGGACGCGGCCGAGCGGAAGUCUGAGUUUGACUCCAUGUCCGGUACCUACUCCCUCUACCUGAUCGUCGGGGAUGCCACGUUGGAGAAUCCCAUCCUGUGGAACGUAGCUGAUGUUGUCCUGAAGUUUGUGGAGGAGGAAGCCCCAGUCGCUGUGCAGCCCAAGACCCUUUAUGUCCCUAAACCAGAGAUCCAGCACUUGUUCCGGGAGCCAGAGAAGAAGCCUCCAACUGUGGUCUCCAACACCUUCACUGCUCUCGUCCUGUCUCCCUUCCUGCUGCUGCUCAUCCUGUGGUUUAAGCUGGGAGCCAACAUCUCCAGCUUCAGCUUUUCUCCAAGCACUAUCCUGUUCCACGUGGGACACGCAGCCAUGCUCGGUCUGAUGUACGUCUACUGGACCCACCUGAACAUGUUUCAGACUCUGAAGUACCUGGCAAUCAUCGGCGGUGUAACCUUCCUUGCCGGGAACCGCAUGUUGGCCCAGAAAGCAGUAAAGAGGAUCGCUGCAGAGCAAAGUAGUAGGUUGGCAAAGUAUAGGAGCCUCCGGUAAACUCCCCCUCCCCUUUUGUAACAAAUGAGUGGCUUCCAGGCUGAAAAUGGAGAAGAAAUAAGGCCAAAUAAUCAAAAGAAGACAAUGAAGAUGGUCAUUUUUGUGUUUCCAUUCAAAUCAGACUGAGAAAAGAGGCGUGGACAUUUAGGAAUUGAAUCAUUAAAAUGCAGUAGGUGUGUGUUUCCCAACGGAAGACGCCGACAGAUUCCCCCGCCGAGGACUGAAAAGCUACUGAUCAUUGCACCUCAUCUUCCUGUGAGAGUUCUUUUCCUGAUGUCCGACACGCCAGACUUUUCUAAGCGAGCUGGAAUUUUCUUUGUGGUUUCCUGAUGAAAUUUGGUUUUGUCCCUUUUUUUUGUACUUUCCUCUUUUGUUGCCCAUUUCACCUCAUCAGUGACUCAACAGCAGUAGCACUGACACCUAUUAACUAUGCCAUUGUUUGCCUGUGAUGCUCUGUUUGAUAUGUCCUCGUAAAAAUUUGGUAAUAAAACAUGGGCAAUUUCAGGAUGUGAUGUUUUUGUAAAGAAGAGGGGAAAUAAAGAUGUUGAGGUGAAA